AUGGUUGACAACCGCGUCUCUAUCAUUGUCGGGAGGUACUUGCCGCCUCGUGCGAGACUCGCUCGCGCGCUGCGCCUCUGCCCUCUCGGCGCAGCGCAUAUGCUUCAACCUAGUUAUGGUCAAACCACUCGACAUACUGUGGGGCAGGUUUUCGAGCUGUGCCUUGGCGAGGAACGCUGUCGUUACCACUGUUCUCUCCUGGCCAAGCAGAUGUCUCCCCGCGACCGACGGAAUUGCUUCGAGGAGCUCGCGAACCUCGCGCCACCUGGCUAUAGCGAAGACACCUUCGAUCGUUUCUGCGCCGAACAAGCUACAGCACCCAACCCGUCGAAUAUCGAACCAGGCGCGUGGCGCUUGCUGUUCCCCGCAUCACCCUCCCGGCGCCGUGGACGUUCGAGCACGCUCGGACAGAUAGCCACUCCGAGGGUCAACGCAGGCACCGGAACUCAGGCCACCCGGUCGGUAGGACGCCCCUCGCUCCGGCGACGGUCAGUGAGCGUGUUCGUUUAUCUCCGAGAUCACUGUCAACCGUUAAUGGUGAUCGUCGAGGGCCUAUACAAUGAAGGCGUAACCACCUUUCGACUCGCUCAAGACAAGAUCAAGAAUGCUCUCGCCGCUGACCCCGAUGGCGGUGAUCGGUAUCUCCUUCCCGGAGAGGGCCGCGUCUAUCGCAAGCGCGGUGUCAGCGCCAUGCCAAACUUCGAGGGAUACGCUAGCGUAUGUUUACCCCUUUGUGAAUGUGCCAUCCCCUGGCUGCCAGGGGAUGCUGGCCCUCCUCUGUUGUUGCGCGAAGAUGCACCAUCCACUUCCCAUGCAACGUCCUUGCACGUGUCCCCCGCGACGUCCUCGCACGCCAUCCCCGCGACAUCCUCACACGCCAUCCCCGCGACGUCCUUGCACGCCAUCCCCGCAACGUCCUCGCACGCCAUCCCCACGACGUCCUCGCACACGUCCUCCCUGGCCAAACGUACAGGCACCGUUUCGGCUGAACACUCUGUGAAGAGACGUCGUGUCGAAGACAUAGCUGUCCCUCACGCUGGCAGGAAGGGCAAGCAAGUGGCGCGUUCGCUGUCGUCCAUGGACAUCAUCGAGCUGACAGACAGUGAAGACGACGAAGCUUGGCCAAGCAGCCCUAGUGUACAGCACGAUAUCAUUGUAAUUUCUGAUUCAGAGUAG